CUUACUUCCGGUUAUUUACUACUGUCAAAAAGAUGUAAUUUCUCUUAAGCCAUCAAGAGAAUUUGUGUACUCCACAGUACACUCUUUGAUGUCAAGUUUUAUACCGAGGGUAUCAUCCUCUCCACCACCCAUGGAAGACGGAGGAGGCUUUGGAUGGGAUGAUGAUGAUGACAAUGAUGAUGAGUUUGGCAACUUUAAGGCAGCACCUAGCGCCUCUGUCUCGAAUACCUGGCUACAAACAGACAAUAAAUCUAUACACGAAAAUACUGAUAAAGGUUUUGAUGCAUUUUCCACUCACAAUGGGGAGACUUCUACAUGCAAUCAUGAAGACACUGACAGUUUUCAAUCUGUGUUCACUGAUCAGUCAUACAUAAACAAAGAUACAGACGAUGUUAAAGAAAGUAUUCCAUCAACUAUAGAAACAAACUGUGUUGUUCAUUCAGGUAUAUUCAGUGCCAGUGUUCAUUCUCCAAUUAAUGUUGAGGAAGGGAGUACAGAUGCAGAUACUGUUGAUGUAUCAUCUGCUGCAAGAACUGAUUUGGUUUUUAGGGUUGUUCAAAAUGAUGAUGAAGAAACUGUAGUUGGUAAUGAAAACAUUGAGGAUAAGGAUUCAAUGUCUCAGGUCAAAAGUUUUACAGUGCCACAAAGUGCUAAAGACUGUGAACAAAACAUAUCAGUAGUCAAAGACAAUUCAGACAUUCCUGUGGUCAGUAAUGAAAUUGACACAAAUGCAGCAAGUUCUUACAUUGAAAAAGAUUCUUCAUUUCAAUUUGAAGAAGAAAAUAUCAGUAGUGAUAAAGACAUACAGUUACAGUGUGCAAGCCUGGAGAACACUGACACAGAAAAUAACAUAGAAAUUAAUAAGGAUUGUGAAAAUAUACCAGAAGAUGAUAUAAGUAAGGUGAAUGAAGUGUCAGAAGAUUUAGACAAAACAGAUGAAAAACAUAAGUUAAAUGAUGCUGUUAAUAAUGGACCUGACAAAAAUGUUGAGUAUAUUAAUCCCACUGGUAAUGAAUAUUUAACUACUAGUGACCAUGCAAACACUAUGGAACAAAACUUUGAUGUUUCUUAUAAAUUAGAUUCAGAUAUAACUGAAUGUAGUGUAGCUUCAGAUGAAUGUAUUGUUCAAGAUACUAGUGCAAUGAAGGGCUCAGAAAGUAAGAAAGAAUGUUUGGAUUUUAAUGAUUUGACUAAAAGUGAUUUAAACCAAGAACCAUUAUCUGAUGAAGAUGAUUUUGGUGAAUUUGCUGACAUCUCAAUGCGUAUUGAUACAGUGGUAGAAAACACUGAGGAAUUAGAUUUGAGAAAACUAGACCAAGGUUCUGUUACUUAUAAAGAAAUAACAAGUCCUGAUGCUAGUCACAAUUUAUCAAAAGAUAACGUUGACCAUAGUGAAUCAGUGAUUUCAAGUGAUUAUAAAAAUAAUUUUGAUGAAAUAUUAGAAGAAGAUGUUCAAGAAAAAUAUAAUAGUAUACAUUGUGAAGAUACCAUAGAAGACAAAGAGUCUGAAUUUGUGGAAAAUGCAAUUGAAGAUGAAGAUUUUGGUGAUUUUAAUGCAACAAAUGAUAAAGACUGGGCUGCAAGUAAGGAAGGUGAUGAAUGGUCAGCAUUUCCUCCAGCUGAAAGUGUUGCCCAGGAGAAGAUGGAGGAGGUUUCUGAAUGGGCUGGAUUCUCAGAACCUGCCUUUCAGGAGUCCAAGCAGGAAACGGAGACUACUGUAGAUGAGGCCAGUGACUGGGCUGCCUUCUCUGAACCUCAGGUGGUGACUGAGGUGGAUAGCACUGAAGGGGCGGAUGAAGAUUGGGGUGACUUUGGGGUAGAGAGUGCUGGGGGAGAGGAGGACAUGGGUGUUGUCCCAACUAUGGAGCAGUCUCCAGCACCUUUUUUACCUCCUAGUCAACUUCAGAACAUGAGCAAAGAGGAGAAGCUGUGUUAUGCUGUGAUGACAUGCUUCCCCUGCGUGAUAUCAAUGAACGUGCUGUCCGAGUCAGGUCACACCGAACAAGUAGACAUCGCUGAAAGUGGGGGGUUGAUUUGGGAUCACAUGAAGGCUGAAGUGGAGGUAGACUCCUUUACAUAUCAGUGGACAAAGUCACAGUGGAACAGUCAGCUGUUCACCACCCUCCACAUAGACACACGUAAUGUGCUGAUUGGACACAAGAAGACUCAGGUGCCUGUCUAUGCUGCGGGGCUUGCCCUCCUGGAGCCAAUUAAGGGCCAGACCCCUACCCUGAUACCUGAACCUGUUGCUGAAACCGCCAAACCUGAUCUCCCCGCCACCUCACAGUCCACAUCAAAAUCAGACCCUCAGCCAUUGAAAAAUGACUCCAUCCCAGUGGCCCAGUUUGACUGGACUAGCAGUGGACUGACCAAUCCCCUAGAAGCCAACAAUAAAUCAUUGAAUUUGGAUUUUCUAAUUCAGGACCAAAGCACAAAAAGCAAUGAUCUGGAGUCUGAGUUCAUCACUCCCGAUGACCCUGGCCCCAGACACACCUUGCAACCCCUGGAGGACCUGCUGGCGGGCCUCAAGACCACGCCCUCCACAUUCAAACAGACCAAUCAGGAGAGGGCAAUGAGCCCAGAGGCUGAGAGGAUCGUCCAAUCACUGCCUGACCUGUCUUUCAUGAAGGCUGGAGUGCUGAUGUUCCCUGUGAAAAUGUAGCGACAUGUCAGAACUUAGGCUGCGCUUUGGGAAAACAGGGCUUCAUGCAUGUGUGUAAAGCGUUGUAUCAGAUUAGCCUAUGCAGUCUGCACAGGCUAAUCAGGGAUGACGCUUUUCGCUUUUAUGGUAUUUUUCGUUUAAAGAGCUUUCUUAUUAACAAAAAUCCAGUCCAGCUGGAAGGUGUCAUCCCUUAACUCUCUCCAUGUGGGAACCGAAUUUUAAAGGCCUUUGCAAACAGUUUGGAUCCAGAUGAGACGCCACAGAACGUGGUGUCUCAUCAGGAUCCAAACUGUUUGCUAUUCUGAUAGUAUUCUUUGAAAAAAGUUGAAGAAAAUGCUAGUUUCAGAAAUUCAGCAGACGACAUUUUAGCAGACGACAAAUUUCCCAGCAUGCAAAGGGUUAAAGCCUGUGCAGACUGCAGAGGCUACUCUUAUGCAAACAUUUUCACACAUGCAUUGAGCUCCAUUUUCACGCAUGCAUUGAGCUCCAUUUUCACACAUGCAUUGAGCUCCAUUUUUACACAUGCAUUGAGCUCAAUUUUCACACAUGCAUUGAGCUCCAUUUUCCCUGAGCCAGGCUCUUGUUUUUUUUGAGAGCCGAUUUUGUUUGACAAACAUAAAGUAUCACAGUUAUUAUUGGGAUGUUGAGUUCAGGGAGCAUCUAUAAAAAUGUGCUUAAAAAUAUAAAUUUGUUGUCGGGAUUUUGAGUUCAGGGCCCAUAUUUAUAAUGGUACUCUUGCAAUUUGUAAAUUAUUUGUGAACAAAUUAAGUCUCUAUUUGUAUGAAAAAUAUUGAAUGAUUGAAUGUAAAUUUGCUAGGAGUUUCAUUGUAACUUGAUCGUAGCAGAUUCCCGUUAAAGGUAUCAGAAUAGUAAAAUGUAUCCUAAUUGAGGUUAAGAACCUUUUAAAAUAACAUUUUAAGAUUAUUAAGUUUGGUAACAAAAAUGCCAUUAAUAAAUGAAGUAUGGUAUGUGCGCUUAAUUUGUUGUUAGGCAUUUCAGUAACGGUUGUGAAAUCAUGUUUCUGGGCUAAAUUUAAUAUUUGCAUGUAAACAAGGAAAUUCUUGUGUGUACCAAUGUUUUAGCUUUUCCUCAUUCUAUCUGUUCCAGUGCAUUUACUUGUGCCAUCAUGUCACUGUUGCUGUAGACAAGUGGAGAGCAUUUUGUACAUGUACUGUUCACAUGUGUGUGCAUUUAAUACAAAUUAGCCGCUCUCUUGGAAAAUAGGGCUUAAUGCAUGUGGGUGAAGUUUCGUCCCAGAUUAGCCUGUGCAGUCUGCAAAGUCUUAUUAGGGAUGACGCUUUCCACCUCAAUUGGAUUUUCUUUAAGAAGAGACUUCCUUUAAACAAAAUAUUUCAUGAAAGAUGCAAGCAGACAGUGUUGUCCCUGAUUAGCCUGUGUGCACUGCACUGGCUAAUCUGCAGCUACACUACGCACAUGAAUUAAGCCUUUUUAGCUGGACUAUUCUAUAAUUAUGAAAUAUAUAAUUAUAGUGGAGCUAUCCUACUCACCCCGGCGUCAGUGUGAGCGUUGGAAUGUUAAGUUUGCGUACCACAUAAAAUAUUUCCUAUUUCCCUUCACAUACCGGUAAUGCUUUUAUAUUUUGCAUACUUCUUUACCAACAUGACCCCAAUCUAUAAACAAGAGCAGACAACUGUAUCAAGCAUUUUGUAAGAAUUAUGGCCCUCUUUUCACUUAGAAUAUGCAUAUUAUUGAUAAAUCUUUGUUAAAGUUUGCAUACCACCUCAAAUAUUUUCUAUGUCCUUUGACAUAGAGCUUUCAUAUUUUGCAUAUUUCUUUACCAACAUUACCCCACCCUAUAAACAAGAGCAUACAACUGUAUCAAGCAUUUUUACAGAAUUAUGGCCCCUUUUAUACUUAGAUAAUUGAACAUUUUGUUAAGUUUUGAGUUUUGGUCCAUUUUACUCCUAAAGUAUCAUAGCUAUUGCUUUUUAUACUUGGAAAACUCGCUAACUAUCGUAAGGGGACUGUACAGGGCUAAUUGCAUAACUCUGGUAGGCUUUUUAACGGAAUUUUGGCCCUUUUUUGUAACUUUGAAUAAUUUGUUAAAUUUUGUGUUUAGAUCCACUUUACUUCUAAAGUAUCAAGGCUAUUGCUCUCAAACUUCAUAUACUUUCUUACUAUCAUGAUGUUACUGUACCUGGCAAGUUGAAUUUGACCUCGACCUUUGAAUGACCUUGACUAAUGAUCUAAUAAAUAAAUUUUACUUAAAUUGCCAUAACUUCUUUAUUUAUGAUCACAUUUUAUUCAUACUUUGACAAAACAACACUUACCUGACAUACCACAAUGGACUCCACCCAAACCAACCCCCACGCCCCACCCCAGAAUCCCCCCCCCCUAAAAAAAUAUAUUUUUAAAAAAAUCUUAUUUUUUCCCCCCUCUCCAUGAUGGCUUACGUUAUUUGGUCAAGCACUCAAAUAGUUGAGCGCGCUGUCCUCCGAGCUCCUGUUUUACUAGAGGGCAGUUCAAUACUAGAGGGCAGUUCAAAUCCAAGUAAGGGUCUUGAUAUAGUAUUCAACAGCUUAUACGUCUUACUGUCUCAUCUCAAGUAACUCUCAUGCACUCAAGCAACAACAUGUACUUGUACUAUGAUUUCUUUAUCUUCUUUUAAGCAGAACCUUUUGUGUUGCCUGCUUUGUGAACAGAAUGACAUGUUGGUUGAAGUAUGUAGCUGUAAGAACAUUCAUAGUAGUUAUUAUUUGUCAGUGCUAAGUGAUUGAGUAGUUAACUCUAGUUCAAAAAAGUGUCCUGACACAUUGUUUCCAUUGCUGUGUCCAGUUAUGUUGGACAACAGAACCAUAAGAGUAGUCUGUAUUAGUCAAUGUGUAUUGAUUAAGUAGUGGAUUGCCAAUGGUACCUAGUCAUGUGAUAGUGUUUUAUCUUUAUUUCCGUGUUGUGAUUUUGUACAGUGUUUGACAGGUGAAGGUUCUCUUCAUUUAAUAUAUGAGACUGACUCUGCCAGACUGGGCAGACUGGGCUUAACUCUUUCAGUGCGGGAACCGAAUUUUGAAGGCCUGUGCAAACAGUUUGGAUCCAGAUGAGACGCCACAGAACGUGGCGUCUCAUCUGGAUCCAAACUGUUUGCUAUUCUGAUAGUAUUCUUUGAAAAAAAUUGAAGAAAAUGCUAAUUUUAGAAAUUCAGCAGACAACAUUUUAGCAGACUACAAAUUUCCCAGCAUGCAAAGGGUUAAUGCAUGUGCAUAAAGUGUCAUCCUAGAGAUUCACAGGCUAAUCUGGAAGAACACUAAACGCAAAUGCAUUAAGCCCAGUUUUUUACGGAAUGUGACUCAUAAUAUUUUGUAUUUCCCACCUAUGAUAUCCCACAUUGAUGACUGGCCGUGAUAAUUUCAAAUAGCAUACAAGACUCCAAUAUCUAGGACAUUAAACAAGUCAAACAUUUUAUUUAAACUAAUAUGACCUGCUUAGUGUUAAAAUGGGUCUUAUGGCAUAUGUCAUGAGCUAUCCUAUCUGCUACAAAGUCACUCAAGGUUUCAUGGUCUCUUUAUAAGACAGUCUGUGGGUAGCGCUGAAGACAAUUCUGUAUUCAGGUCAGUUUGAGGCUUAUAUCAUAUUUAAAAAUUACCAAAGCAUUUUCUGAUUUCUGCUUUGCAUGUUUUGUCCAUUAUUAACACUGCUCUUCAAUACUGUGAAAACAUGCCCAAUAAUGGGCGGCUAAAAGUCCAAUAUUAAAUUUAAAGUACAACAUGAACAAGGGGAAUGACUUCAUAGCAAUGUUUUAAUGUGUUAUACCAAUGAAGUUUUAUUAUACAUAUAUUUCGAAUUUAUUCUAUGUGCAUCACUUUUUGUGCUAUUUAAUUUCUAUACUAUGGAAGUUAUUAUAUAUUAUGUCAAAUUAUUUUGGUAUUAUUUAUUAUUAACUGUUUAUUUUGGCUUUGAAAACUGUAAAAAUCAAUACAUUCCUUAAAUGACCUACUCAUUUAAUCAUAUAGAGGUAUAUUAUUGAUUGUUAUUAAAAACAGUUCAUGUAUGGUUUAUAUUCUGACAUUUUUGGUAUUUAAAUUGAAAUUAUUUGUAAAGAAUGUUAACAUGUAUAUUUAUUUCAUGUGUAUUAAUAUGAAGAAUGUACGUGCAUUUACAUCAGUGUUGCAUUCUAACUCAUCUUAUGUUGUUGUUAUAUCAAGAAACUAAACAUAAACGUCAAAAUACAA